AUGAUCGUAAAAGUUUUAAAUACAGACUGUCACAACCUGUAUGCAAAUGCGCUGAACGUGCUCCCGGGGGUCCCAACAAAAAUGCCCCCUAAGAAACGACUAGCAUCAGAUUCAGGAACGGCUUCAACGGCAGCUUCUGACAGACAUUUUGGUAUUGAGGUAUUCUUUCUGGAGAAGAUAGUCAGUACGAAGUUGAGAUAUAAGAAUACGAAGGUUGGAGGCAAAUUUCAGUUAAAGAAAGAAUGGGUGUAA